AUGGGACAUCUGUGUGUGAAUCAAACUGGUCUUCCAGUGGUGCGUCGUUGUCUUGGGAACAAUAAAUGGGAGCAUCUGGGCAACGUCACCUGCCAGUUUGAUCAGGCAGCGAAUGAAAUAAGUAAAAGCCUUAAUGAAAUCAGCGUGGAACUCACUGAGGGAGUUCCCUUUCGCGAUUUAAUGCCGAAUGAUUACAGAGAUAUUGUGCAGAAUAUUACUAGAAUUGUGAGCCAGGCCAAGCACAAUAUUCAGCCUGUGGAUGUGAUGAAUGUUAACAGGAUCAUCAAAGUAGUGUCCAAAGAGCCAAAGAACGAGAACAUCAGCAACGAAAUGAUUACGUUGUACAAUCAACUGUUGACCACGGAUAGCUCGGUUUUAGAGCUCUCGGCACGUAUGAAUGCCACAAAUGAGUUGAUUUUCAACUAUGAGGAUUAUAUGAAUCAAGUAGCGAAAAUUCUGGGACCACUUAAAAGCUGCAAGGAACAGCAACCCAUUGAUAUUCCGAGUAAUCUCGUUGAUGUUAAAGUCUAUAACGGUGUUCAGAUUUUAAUUAUGGGAAGUCUCGGCGUUUUUUAUCUCUAUCCUGAGUGCAAUAAAUAUACGGGCAUUGCCAUUUACGAUCGAGGAGGACAUGGUCGAAAAAACUGCAAGCAUCAUAAUUUCUGGUACCAAUUACUAUACGCCAAUCAGAAUCUGAAUGAUCUGAAGGAUGAACCUGGCCUGCAGACUGCCACUUAUUUAACAAAUGAACUGUGGACAGCUUUGAAAAAAUCUGGAGCUACAUAUUUAAUCUUCAAGAUUUAUGCAAACAAUGCGUUCUUCAUUCAAACGAACCUACAAACUGAAAAGGCAAUACUACAAAGCCAUGUCCUUUCUAUUGAUAUACCCCAAGUAUCUGACACGUUGCCCCAUCCGUUGGUAUUUCUGCUGCGUAACGAGAUCGACGUGGAAGUGAAUAAGAAAGACAUUGACUCAUUUUGCGGCUACUGGAACUACGAUAAGUGGGAGAAGGAUGGCAUUACAAUGAGUGAAAAUGGAUCGAGUGAUGAUCCAAUUGUUGUUUGCUACACGACCCACUUGACCCAGUUUGCCUUUCUCGUGGGCGGCAGCUUUAAGCAGCGACGGGGGAGAAUAGAUGACCAGGAUAUGGAGAAGUCAUUUUCUUAUGAAUCCAGGCUGGAUGACGUCUCGGCUGUUGGCUGUGGACUCUCGCUGUUUGGCUUAUUGGUCAUUUGGCUAACGGCAAUGCUGUCCAAGAAUUGGCGUUCACAGCGAACAACAAAGUUAUUGCUGAAUCUGAGCCUGGCUCUGUGGCUGCUGUUUGUGCUUUUAUUAAUCGUCUAUGUCAAUGAAUGGGUGUGGCGUUUCUCAUUCAUUCAGGAUCAUGCUGAAUGCAUUGCCUUGGGUGCAUUGUUGCAGUACUCGGUGUUGUUGUUGUUCAUGUGGAUGCUGCUCAUCGGCUACCGGCAAUACCAAUUGUUUGUCACAGUCUUUGCUGUGGGAUCACAGCAUAUGGUGCUCCGUAUGGCAACUAUAGCCGGGCUGAUGCCCCUGAUACCAACAUUGUUGCUGCUUUUUAUCGACUCCAGCUCGUACACACCCCUUAAGGAUGAGGGGGACAUUGGCACCUUAUGUUAUCCAUCAGGACGUGGCUUGGUCUAUGGCGUCCUGUUGCCAAUCGGAUUGGUACUAAUCGCCAAUGUCUAUAUGUUCGGAAGAAUCUUCUACAGCAUCUCCCAUAUGCAGAAUCGAAACUGUCAACUUCUCUUGGAACAGUAUCGUCGUUUCGUCCUGCUAUUCUUUCUGCUCGGCCUGACCUGGAUCUUUGGCAUUUUCUCCUACCUCGAACUGGGAUUAGUUUUCAACUUUAUCUUUUGCGUUACGGCCUCAAUCCAAGGAUUUAUACUCUUUGUGUACUUUGUUGUACUGGACAAGGUCCCCAGAGAUGCUUGGCUGCAUCUCUUAAUCGGAAAACAACAAUCUAACUUAAAUGUUGAAAGUUGA